AAGCUGCAAGCUCACAUUACCGAUUUGUGGAGCUCUAGGGUUGAUGGACCUGACCAGGCCCAACUAAGUAUUGAUGUGUAGUUGGAGACAGAUGGAUUGUUGCUGAAUUUUCCUGCGUUCUCGUGGCGUGGAGUCGAUGUCGAAAUCCAGGGGAGACUUCGUUAACCUCGGAGAUAUCUCGCCAGUACAACGACCGGUAACGAUCGAAGAACUCGACUUCUAAAAUUGUAUAAUCACCUUCCUUCGUCGAUUAUGAUCAACUUUGUGCGAGUACCCAGGAGUUCGUGGAGUAAUUUAAACAGCUGAUCGUUGGACAAUAGUUAAACCGUCGGUUGUAGAUCCUGGUUGAGCGAUGGCUGGGUUUGUGCUCAAGUUUAAAACAAAGUUGGGAGUGAAAGUUGUUCACGAAUUGACUCCCCAUGAUAAAGUUCCUGCCUUAAAGGCAAAGCUUUCCGAGCUUACUGGGAUACCUGCCGAAGCUCUCCAGAUACUGGCAGGUUUUCCUCCGAAAGAACUUGAUCUCAAUCGGGGAGAUGCUACUCUAGAGGAAAGCGGCAUCGUAUCGGGAGACACCUUGAUUAUCGAGGAGAAACCCGUUCAAAAUGGGGAGCAAACAUCUGAAAAUAUCGGACGAUCACAUAUCAUGGACACAGAGGAUAUCUCGAACAGUCCGGGCGUGCUCAUGAAGAAAGUUGUUCCUGCAGAUAAUUCGUGCCUCUUUACCAGCGUAGGUUAUGUGUUAAAUGGGAAAGUCGAUCCUUCAUGUGCAAGUUAUAUGCGGGAAAUCAUUGCUAAUGCAGUAGUGAUGGACCAAGAAGAAUACUCUGAGGCCAUCUUAGGUCGCCCUAAUACAGAAUACUGCGAAUGGAUUCGGAAGUCGGAUUCAUGGGGAGGUGCCAUCGAAUUAUCAAUAUUGUCGCGAUUCUAUGGGCUUGAAAUUGCUGUAGUCGAUUGUAUGAAUGCAAUUAUAAACAGAUUUGGAGAGGAUCAACAUUAUGCUCAACGUGUUUUUCUUAUAUUCGAUGGUAUUCAUUAUGAUCCGCUUUACCUUGAGCCACUUGAGGGUGAUAGCAUACAGACGAUAUUUUCAGCAGAGGAUAAAAAGCUAUUACUCCAAGCAGCACAAUUAGCAAGAGAAGCGAAUUCUUGUCGCCAAUACACAAAUGUUGAUAAAUUUACGUUGAAAUGUAUGAUAUGCAAUGCUUUAAUUAGUGGGCAAGUAGAGGCGCAGGAACAUGCCAAAUUUACUGGCCAUAUGAACUUUGGAGAAGUAGCUGCCUAGCGUCCUACUGGAUUUAUCAACUACCAAACAAGACUAAUUUCGGUCAGUGAAUAGUUCCACUCCUGUCAAAAGUUUAAAUAUAAACUAGUACGUUUUGUAGUCAUUUGGUAUUCAAAUGAUACUCUAAUUGUUUGCUCAAUUUAUUUUUUUUUUUUAACAGAAACAGUAGAUACCGUUAGGCCCUAGAAUCAAUUUAGUAGUUACUACAUUACUUAUAACGAGGGCACCGAAAAUGUAAACAUUUUUUGUUUACUCUUUAUCCCAAUUCUGUAUAUUAUAAAUUAUAUAUAAUUAAAUUUAGGAACUGAAUCAAUUGUUAAAUAUUAGUUAAAUUAGUUUCUUUGUAACGUUCUUUUACAUCACGUUCUACCAUCUUGCAUCGGCGUUAGCUAAUUUUACCGACUCCUGCGAGUAUGUAGCACAACUUAUCAAGCUCAAGUUUGUUACUUUCCUUCGCCCAGAAAACAAGGUUCUUAUUUAUCGGUUAAAAAUAGACCGCUUGCCCGACACUUUACCCGAAUAGCCGAGGAAAACCAGUAUAUCAACAGGACGAACAUUCGUUCCACCAAAAGCGAGUAGCUUUAUAUUUCAACGGAGUGCAGAGUUCGAUAACAUAAUAUAUUAAUGACGAAAUAAAGUUAAUCACCAUUGGUGGGAUUGAGUGUUACUAGUCCAUGAUGCGAUAUCCUCGAAGAAAGUUGAAAAAAACAAAAACAAUAACAUCAAUCUGCGUGCGUAAAGACGUGAUCAACGAAUGUGCGAUUAAAUGUUAACGUCGCUGCUACUACUACACGUACUGAGUUCGCUCGCGAAAAGAAAUAUCUAUCUAAGAUUUACCGAAGAGUCCACGGUUGUGGGUUCACGUUUCCAUCGACGUUGCGCAGAUCUAUAUUUAUACAAUCGUGUAGUAUGUUUUUUAAAGAUCUCCGUUGUAACAAUCGCGUACAAUGAUUCGAAAUAAAUCGUAUUUACUUUA